UCAUAAGGUUCCAUCUGAAAAGUGAAUCACUAAUCGUGUAAUAUAAUAUGGAGGGUGGAAUUCCAGUCAUAUUAGAGCAGUUCAUGAACAGCCCUCUUGUCACUUGGGUUAAGACUUUUGGUCGACUAGGUGACAAAGAAGGGAACGUGGUCUCUGAAUACACUGAAUUAGUGGAUGGCAUUUUCUUAAACAAGGUCAUGAACCAAAUAAAUACCAAAGCCACUGCUCAGAGUUUAAACAAAGUGAACAAUGACGUCGGUCAGAGAGCGCAAAACCUGUCUGUUCUCAUUUACCAUAUCAAAUCAUACUACCAGGAGACCCUUCAUCAGCUGAUCAUGAUGCCUCCUGCUAAUGUGCUGCUGCUGGGCAGGAAUCCAGUCUGUGAGGAAGGUCUAGAAGAAAUUAGUAAGUUGCUGUUACUGUUGCUUGGAUGUGCUGUGCAGUGUGAAAGAAAAGAGGAAUACAUCAACAAGAUACAAAGCCUUGACUUUGACACACAAGCAGCAAUCGCAGCUCAUAUUCAAGAGGUGACUCACUGUCAGGACAGUGUGUUUGAUCUGCACUGGUUGGAGACAGAGGGUCUGUGUCCAGAUGAAUGGGAAAAUAUCUGCAGAAGUAUGAUAAUCAACCUCAAAAUUCUAGUAGACCAGAGAGACCAGCAAUUUGAGACCAUCGUGGAGCUGAUGCAGGGGAAAGAGACGGUGCAUUCUGCAGUGUUCAUUGAUGACCCCUCCCUCACAGAGUCCUCCAGCAAUCAGCUCCCUUUUUCCCAGCAGCAUCUGGCACUAGAGCUGAGCGAUGCUAAAGCCAACAUCAAACACCUCAGACAGGAGCUAGAAGAGAAGAGUGAACAACUAUUGGACUGUAGACAGGAUUUGGACAAUAUGGAGGCAGAGCUUAAAAGGCACCAGCAAGAGAACGUGCAGCUGCUAACAGAUGCGCGAGCUGCAAGAAUGUACCGUGAUGAGCUGGAUGCCAUGACAGAACGUGCCAUCAGAGCAGACAAACUGGAGAGGGAAGUCACUAGCUACCAAGAUAAACUUCACAACAUGAACUUUUACAAGGUCAAACUGGAGGAGCUAAAAGAGGAUAAUCAGGUGUUAAUGGAAAGUAAAGCCAUGUUGGAGGAACAGCUACAGAAUGUCAAAGCACGAUCUGACAAACUGCACCAGCUCGAGAAACACAGCCUACUUCUAGAAGCAAAACUCCAUGGCAUGGAAGAGGAGAGAGCUGUGGACAGGACACGCAUAGAGGAGCUACUUGAAAGAAACAUUGCACUGGAGCUUUCGCAGAAAAGAAGUAUGGAGGAGUCAAAACAUCUGGGCUGGGAGCUGGAACAACUCGCCAAGAACCCACAUCAUACUUCAGGAACAGAGCUGAAGUCUUUGGGCCAGGAGGUAACAGAGAGGACAUGUAGCAGGUUGCUGAAACUGGAGAAAGAGAACCAGAGGCUGCUGAAAGCCCUGAAAGAACUAGGAGGAACCAGAAGCCCAUCAGAUGGCUUUUAUUCUUAUAACACAAAUCUGCCAAAGGAUGCCAAAUCUGAAUAUUCUGUGGAAAAUGGGGGAAUAGAGCUAGAAGGUUGUACGACUCCCAUAUUUUCUUCAGCAUUUUCUGGGCACAACAAUACAAUGACCACACAGACCCAAAAAAAUCAACAUCUGCAUGCAUUCUUAGAAAACGGAAACUUCAAGCUUGAAUGUCUUGAAGUAGAGCUCUAUGAACUGGAGAUGGAAAACCAGAGUCUUCAACAUAGUUUCAAGUCAGUCUCCAACCAACACCAAGAACAACUUGAGAUAGAAAACCAAGGUCUAGUGGAGAACGGACAUGUAGAACAAGAUAGGAAUUUUCUGGAGAAGGAGAUUAGGAGACUGCGGCAACAAGUGAAGAUCCAGAAAGCAUCAUUGGAAAGUAGCACUCUGAAGUUUGUGGUUCUAGAGGAGCAAAACCGUACCCUAGUAAAAAAGGCUUCUAUUCUCAGUGAGGCUUGUACCAAGAACAGAGAGCUGGAAAAGGAAAACCAGGAGCUGCUUGAAAAGGCUGGAGUUGACAAGAAGUUGUUGACUACAUUAAGAGAGGAACUGCUGGAUCAGAGGUUGAAAAUUCAGCAGAAGGAGACUGAUCUUGAGAAACUGACUUAUGAACUGGAGAGGUUGAGUUUAAAGCAGGAGACACGAAUGGGAGGCCAGGACCCUGUAGACCAGAGCCCUUGUAAGCAGUUGGAGUCCGAGCUGGAGUCUUCUCUCGUGAAUUCUCUGAAGAUUAAAAAAGAAAGAAUGGCAGCCCUGGAGGCCCGUCUGCAGGUGUCGUCCAAUAUAAACCAGCAACUACGGCAGGAUCUCAAGACCGUCAAACAGAGCUAUAAGGCUUUGCUCCAGAGGGUGGAGGAGGAAAAUGAGGGGCAGAGUUGUCCGCCACAGGCUCCAAGCACAUGGCAGAGGGAGAGCCAGGAGGCAACGUGGGCAUUGCUCAAGGUCAAAGAUCGACUCAUUGAGGUGGAGAGAAAUAAUGCAACAUUACAAGCAGAGAAGCAAGCAUUGCACACACAGCUGCAGAGCUUACAGAUGCAGUCAGAUGGGUUGCAGGCACAAAUUGUUGCAUUACAACAGCAGACAGCAUCCUUGCAGGAAAACAACACAACGCUGCAGACACACAAUACACAACUGCAGGUAGAGAAGUCCACUGUAACUUCUCAGAAUGCCUCUCUGAUGGCCCAUAAUUCCCAGCUGCAGCGAGAGCAUCAGAAUUCAGUGGUUGAAAGAGAAGGUGUGCUACGAGAGAGAGAAGAUCUGCGCACCAUUAAUGAAAUUCUCCUACGGGAUCAGGAGAGGCUGAGCAUCCUGCAUGAGAGACAGGCAGCAGAGCUGGAGGUGCUGUCCCAGAGAUACUCAACAAUGGAGAACAGCCAUAGAACCCUGGAGAUAGAGCACCGAUCACUCGAGGACAGGUAUAACACACUACUUCAACAGAGGGCUCAGCUGGAGGGGUUAGAGAGAGCUCUGAGAGAGGAACAGCAGAAGAUGCAAAAUGAGAUCUGUAUGCACAGGAACACAACAGCAGAGUGCCAAAGACUCAGAGAUGAGAAAGACUGGUCAGUUUUGAAUCAGACCUACCAGAAGCUGUUGGCAGAAAACAAGGGAUAUCAGACAGAGCACAACAGCAUGAAGACUCAGCUGAACUCCAGCAAACUGGAGCAGACACAUCUGGAGUCAGAACUGUCCAAACUCAAAGAGCACAACCAGCAGAUGGACAUAACCACCAUCAAACUGACCAACCAGUGUGAGUUGCUGACUCAGCUGAAGGGGAAUUUAGAGGAAGAGAACUGCCACUUGCUGGACCAGAUCCAGAGCCUGAUGCUGCAGAACCGAACCCUUCUGGACCAGACUAUGGAGAGCAAGGACCUGUUCCAUGUAGAGCAGAGACAAUAUAUAGACAAAUUGAAUGAACUUAGGAGGCAGAAGGAAAAACUGGAAGAGAAAAUCAUGGAUCAGUAUAAGUUCUAUGACCCAUCACCACGCAGACGUGGGAACUGGAUAACACUGAAGAUGAGGAAGAUAAUGAAGACUAGGAAUCGUGAUCUGGUUCACUCUUCAACUCCAGAGUCCAGUGAAGGUCUGGAUGGCCUGCGUUGCCACGACAACGGUUCCUUCGUUGGCUCCCAGGGCUCAGAGGAAUCUGCCUCCAACUCUCUCAGUGGUGACACCCCAUCCCCCAAGAAGAGUAGCAUCAACGCUCUGAAAAUGUUUCAUGUUAAGCGUAACAGACCAAAGGAUACAGACAAAGUCAAGUCUCUCUUCUGUCGAUCUUUGUCCAUGUUUGACCUCCAGUCAGAGGGUUGUUUGGAUGGUGAUUCUGGGCAGCUGAAGGAACAAGCUGAAGAGAAAAUAUUGCAGUACUCCAUUGCCAUGUUAAAAAAACAAUCCACAUCAUCAUUACUUUAUUACUCUUCCAUAAACAGUCAUAAAUUAAUUAUAAAUCAAGGAAAAACAAUUACACCAAGUCUUCCAAAUGGCACUGAAGACCAAAAUCAUGGUAAGAACUUUCUGAAUCUCAAUGGCAAAUCGAGUCGUGCCCAUAGUGCAAGCAGUGGUGAGAUCAGCGUGAGCUUUGAGAAUGAAGCCUGGUCCAGUGAUGGCAGCCCUCAUGCGGAUCCACUCUCAUCCAGGCACCACAGAUCCAGUGACUCCUCUUCGCCAGCCCAACCCAACCACAAGGGACCCAAACUGGGCUUCUGCUCCUCAGGAAGCGGGGUACGGCGAUCCAGCAGUGGAAGAUCUACUACAGAACAUUCAAUCCAAAGACUGGGCAAAGCGAGCAUUGGACUGUAUAAAGCUCAGAGUGUGCAAAGCACAGAGGCUGAUCCUAAAUUUGCUUUUGAGACACAAGGAAAGUCUUCGUCUAUUUCAGGUUGUCUGAACUGCUUUGUCACUCCAAUGCGAAGCCCCAAACCAGGCCAGGCUCUGUCCAGUAUACCCCAUGCCAGCUGCGUUAUCUCCACGUCAGAGGGCAGCACCCGGCGCGCUAGCGUCCACAGCACUAUGUCAGGCAAGUCUGUGGCAUCUAAGUCCAGUAAAAAUGGAGCUGAACCUCAAAUGACUCCACCUGAACCCGAUGUUGAGAGUUUAAAAGGAAGCCGAGUCUUGAAACCGGAAGACAUUUUUGAUUCAACAUUCACCAUAGAUUCAGUCUUUACUAACACUAUUUUCAGUGAGUCAAGUUAGAGGAAUACCAAUUAGACCAGGUUCAAUGUAGACAACUAUGCAGUCCUGAAUUUCCAUGCUGGUUCAGACUGGUUUAUGCUGGUAUUUGAUGGUUAAAGCUGGUCUGUCUGAUUCAGGCUGGAUUAGCAAUACUGGUGGACAGAGCAAUGCUGUUCACAAGCUAAAUGUAGCUUGUACCUUUUGGGUGAUGCUAGUUGGCCAAGUAAGCCUAUCUGGUUGUGGUAUUUAGAAGUUUGCUAGGCCCUACUGAAAUGGGAAAAAAAAAAGAAAAAAAAAACCUGAUCUCACAAGAAUUUGUCACAGUUUUACAAUGUGGUGAAUUUGAAACAAUUUAUACACCCACCAAUGAGAGUCAAUGGCAAUUCUGGCUUCCAAAUGCUUGUUUGUGAAGUGUAUGUGAUUGGUCUUGCGAAUAGGAACGAAUUUGCCACCUUGUAUAAGACUAAUUCUUAUGAGACUAUGUUGGAAAAAACAACUUUAACCAGCCUAAGAUGGUUUAGUUGGUUGGCCAGUUGAGCACCAGAUGGCCAGGCAGGGAGACCAGCUUAAACCAGCUAAGACCUGCAAAAAAACUUAGACCAGUUUAAGAUGUUUUUUUAGCAGGGGGAAUGCUGAUAUCCCAUUUUGGAGACCAGCGUCCAAAAUACAGAUAAAUGAAUAAGAUCAGAUAAAUUAAAGGCAAUUAUGUGCAAUGGAAACAAUAAAAAUAUAGAAGUGGACUGAGAGAGAGUCAAUCAGGAAGCCAAGAAACAUUUUAUUGUUCUUGAAUAAUCCUUGAAAAAGUCUUGAAUAUGUUUUGGUUUAGCUGUCAUACAGAACUAUUGCGACUCUUUACUAAAGAUAUUUGGAAUUAUAGCAUCAACCUUCAUACAUUUAUUUCUCUCUUAUCUCCCUUUAUUUUCCUUUUUUCUACUUUUGUCAAAAGUAUCUUUGUUAUUUUGUUUAUGUUUUAUGUUUGUGUUCAAUUGUCCUUGUUGCAUUAUAUGAAUUUGUUUGGAAGGUUUUGAAAAUUGCCAGUGGACAUGAAAACCAAGUGUCUUACCCAUAUGUGCAUGGAGCAUCAAAAUGCUGUUUCAUUUGUCCUGACUACUGUAUAUUACAGUCAUAUUUCCCUUUGCAGAAAGCAGAAUGUGAUGGGUUUGUUCUGUUAUUGUUUUAUUGAAAUGUAAAUUCACAUUAUAUUUGUUAAACCCAGCAAUAAUCUGAGACUACCUGUGUAUCUUCUGCUAUUUAUUUAUUUAUUAGUGUUUUCCCCAUUCCCCAUUGUAACUUAAGAAUGUACUAGUUUGUUUGCUUAGGUUGUGGUGUUUGUGUUCAUGUUAACUAAAAUAAAAAGUGUGAUUUUUAAUCAGAUAAAAAAGUUUUCUUUCUUUAUGUGGACUUUAUUUGGCAAAUGUUGAUAGUUAAUACAUUUUUCUUAAAGAAAAAGUUAA